CCUGGUGACGGGUUGCCCGGCGGGUCGCCUGGUAACGGGUCGCGGCGGUCCUGGUUGUGGCAGCGCAGGCGGUGGAGGCCGGGGGUCUGUGGGCCCGAGCCCCCUCCGGGGUCUUUCCGUCUGUUUUGCGAUGGCUGCCGCCGCGGCCGUGGUCACACCGUCGGGUUUGGAGGAUACGGUGUCUCGGUCCCGCAGCGAAGGGUCGGGGGAGAUGGUCGUGGAGCGGGGGCCCGGCGCGGCCUACCACAUGUUCGUAGUGAUGGAGGACCUGGUGGAGAAGCUGAAGCUGCUCCACUAUGAGGAGGAACUCCUCCGGAAGAACAACCUGAAGCCCCCGUCCAGACACUAUUUUGCCCUGCCUACCAACCCUGGAGAACAAUUCUACAUGUUUUGCACUCUUGCUGCUUGGUUGAUUAACAAAGCAGGACGUCCCUUUGAGCAGCCUCAAGAAUAUGAUGACCCUAAUGCAACAAUAUCUAACAUAUUAUCUGAGCUUCGAUCAUUUGGAAGAACUGCAGAUUUCCCUCCUUCAAAAUUAAAGUCCGGUUAUGGAGAGCAUGUGUGCUAUGUUCUUGACUGUUUAGCAGAAGAAACAUUAAAAUAUAUUGGUUUCACCUGGAAAAGGCCAACAUACCCACUGGAAGAACUAGAAGAAGAAACUGUUCCAGAAGAUGAUGCAGAAUUAACAUUAAAUAAAGUGGAUGAAGAAUUUGUGGAAGAGGAGACAGACAAUGAGGAAAACUUUAUUGAUCUCAAUGUUUUAAAGGCCCAGACCUAUCGUUUGGAUAUGAACGAAUCUGCCAAACAAGAAGAUAUUUUGGAAUCUACAACAGAUGCUUCAGAAUGGAGUCUAGAAGUGGAACGUGUAUUACCACAACUGAAAGUCACGAUUAGGACUGACAAUAAGGAUUGGAGAAUCCAUGUUGACCAAAUGCACCAGCACAAAAGUGGUAUUGAAGCUGCUCUAAAAGAAACCAAGGGAUUUUUGGACAAACUCCAUAAUGAAAUUAGUAGGACCCUGGAAAAGAUCGGCAGCCGAGAAAAGUACAUCAACAAUCAGCUUGAGCACUUGGUUCAAGAAUAUCGUGCAGCUCAAGCUCAGCUAAGUGAGACAAGGGAACGAUACCAGCAGGGAAGUGGUGGAGUAACUGAAAGGACCAGGCUCCUGUCUGAGGUUACAGAAGAAUUAGAGAAGGUAAAACAAGAAAUGGAAGAAAAAGGCAGCAGCAUGACUGAUGGUGUGAUUACAAGUGCUUCUGCUCCCAGAAGCAGCUAAGGACAUCUGGAGAUUCUUCAUAAGAACCCAGACUACAUCUGCUUCAACUUUAUGGAUAUCUAGAAUUACCAUUAAAAAAAGUAUAAGAAAAAACCCAGUGCCCUUAUUAACAUUUGAAGUUUAUUAUUUGUCAUGAGUAGUUGAUGGCUAAAGUGAUUUUAUAGGGUAUGUAUUUUCUAGGAUCUAAGACCACGUAAUAAAUAUUUAGUCGUGUUUGUGCUCUCAGAAUAGGAAAAAGGUAUGUGUGUGCCUCAAUUCUACCUUUUUCUAUGUUAUCAACUAUACUAAAGGACCAUUUUAUAGGAGACGGAAAUAUGGCAAGUCAUGCAAAGAUCAGCCUCACAAUAUCAGUGAUCUUGAUUUCACAUCUUACUGGGAAAUUUUCUAGACUGGGGUUUCUGAAUUGGUGAAAUCAGCAGUAGUGGAGUGACCAGACUUAGAACUGGGGGAAAGUAGAACACAUAUCAGGAGAUAGCCUAUGUCUAUUUUCAAAAAAAAAAAAAAAACAAAAGCACUUGUGGCAAAAAUUUUAUAAGAAUUCUAUAUGUGGAGGGCAACAAAAUAAUUGUCAUUUUUUUGCCUAAUACUUUUCUGCCCCCAAUUUUAUUUUUUUUCUUAGCUUUUACUUUAUAGACAUGUAACCCACAUGCAAAAAUCUUUUUCUUUCCUUCAAAUUCCCUCUAAUAAAGAUUAAAUUUAGAUAAGAGAAAAUCAGGGUAUAUAAACUACUCUCUUACCCAAGAGAGUAACAAUCAAUACAAUAACAAAAAAAGAUGUCAUAAUUUGUACCUCAUGGAAAGAGGAAAUCCACCAUGGAAUAAUAAGCAGUUUAAAUAUGUCCAAUUUUUUUUCUCUUCCUUUAUGGUCGUUGGGAGGAGCCUAGAAGGAAGAGUGACACCUAACCUUUGAUCCCACAAACUAAUGUUGAUUUCCUGGGAAUUUAUUUGCAUACAUAUUGUCAUGGCUGAGCAGUUUUUUGAUGAAUUCAAAUCAAUGCAGAGAACACUUUUAGAUAAAUCAGAGCUCUCCAUAAAAUGUGCUUUUACUCAGAAGCAAAGUGCACUCUUUAUUUUGUGUAAACACUCAAUAAUCUCCAAACUCUUCCAAUGAGUGUCAUGAGCAGCCUAUCUUUACUUCCUUUCCUGAGAUAAUCCACUUUACUCUGAUUGAGCUGGUUGCUCUUCUUCUCUGUUCCGAUAGAACACUGUGCAAGUCUCUAAUACAGUAUUUAUUAUGCUACAUUUAACUGUUACUGUUUUUUCUUCUUUCUUGCUUAAUAGAUUGACCUUCUUGACGAUAGUUACAGUCUUUUGCAUUUCCGUUUUGCUAGCCAAGUGCCUAAUAUGUAGGAAGUAUCCAGUAAAUUUUUUGAAUUAGCAAGUGGAUGGAUAGAUGACUGGCAUUGUGCAAUUCUGGAAUAUCUUAUAGCUCCUCUUCCACAACAUGGUGAAUUUAUUGACUUCAAGCUGGUGAGCCUUGGUACAGUUUCAAAAUAGUAAUUUAAAAAUGCUUCUUUUCUAUGGUAUUGGAUUGCAAUUGGAGGCAUAAAUUUGAAUUCACGUUUUUUCAUACAUGAAAAAUUUAUAAAUUUAUAAAUUUAUAAAUGUAGAAAUAGACACACACAUUUAUUUCUACCUCUGUCCUCUGAGAGGGCCUAGUAGGACAGCCAAGUAGCAAUGAGAAUACCUAGUACUCAGAUCUUGGUUUAUAAAUAUCAUUCUUUACUAAAAGAAACCAACUUCUUAGAAAAAUGGCUGAUUCCUGGGCUGGGGCAGGGGAACUACAAAAUGAACCUAGAAUAUCUUGCUCUGUCAGAAAGAAGUAUUCACAGAUUGAUGGAGAAACAUCUAAAGGACAUCCAGUUUGAGGGGGAGUCCACUGGCAAAUCUGGGUCAAUUUGAGUAUCAAAAUAAUUAUAAUAACAGAAUAUAACCUAUAGAAUAAAAUAAACCUUGAGUCUAUAUGGAUAUAAAUAGAUGAAUAAAUAAAUGGGUAGAAGAGGAAGUUCUUAGAAUAGAAUGACAGCUAUUGUAAAAACAAUACUGGAUUUAGAAAAUCACUCAUGGCAACCACCAUAGUAGUAAUUGUUUCAGGAAAGAAUCAUCAAUGCUUGCUAAAACUAGGUGAAAUUUUAGUAAGAAACAGGAUAUUUACAUAAUCUCACACUAUGUAAGAAACCCCUAUAAAGAGAAAAAAAUUCCAACUUCACAGUAGAGAAACCUAGCAAAACGCCACCUUAACUAAAAGAUGGAAGCUGUCACUCGUAUUAGGACAAACCAAUACCCUGCACCUCCUGACAUAAUACAUUGAAAAGGGCACACACUUAGUGGAUCCUGAUGAAAAUAUGUAUCCUGAAUCUAAUCUUGAGGAAACAUCAGACAAAUUCAAAUUGAAGAACAUUGUACAAAAUAAAUGCCCUAUAUUCUUCAGAAAUGAUGAAGUCAUGAAAAAUGAGACUAAGGCACUAUUCCAGAUUAAAGGAGACUAAAGAGACAUGGCAACUAAAUGCAAAAAGUGCUCUCAAUCGCAAUAAAAUGAUUAUUAAAAAGAAAAAAAAAGUGCUCUCAGAUUGGCUUCUGAACCAGAAAAAAAAAAUUUUUUUUGCUAUCAAGGACAUUAUUGAGUCAACUGGAGAAAUUUGAAAAAAGUCUAUACAUUGGAUAAUAGCAAUAAAUCAAUGUUAAUUUUUUUUAUUUGGAUAUGUGUACUAUGAUUAUGUUAGAAUAUUCUUGCUUUUGGCAAUACACACAGAGAAGUAUUAAAUGUAAAAAGUUCAUGUCAGCAGCUUUCUCUCAAAUGGUUCAGAAAAAAAAUGUUUAUCUGUAUAUAAAAAUGAAUAUCUGUAUUGUGAGAGUGAAGGAGAAUGAUAAAGAAAAUGUGGCAGAUUGUUACUUUGGGAAUCUGGGGAAAGGAUAUAGAGAAAAUUGUACUUUUUUGCAACUUUAGUAACUGAAAGUUUUUCAAAAUAUAAAUUGGAAAAAAACUGUAGUUGUUGAAGAUGAUUUGCCCUCUCCCUGAAUCAAAUAGAUAAUCAACUUGUUGAAGUCAUAUGACUUCCCCAAUAAAAUUGUGUGGCCUGUUGAA